AUGGCGGUUGCAAGACCAGCGUUCAGAGCGUCGUUCGCGGCACAGGCUCUCCUGGUCUUACACAUGGUCGCCCUCCUCGUAGCGGCCACUUCGAUUACAGCAACGACAUCCCCGACACCUCUUACCUGUCCUUUCCGUACAAUUAACUAUAUCACUCACAGUCUUCCUCAGCAAUGCUUGACGUCCACCCGCAGGACCAACCACACAUCAACUGCUUCGGAAGCCACCAGUCUCACUACCGCAGACUUGCCCUCAUCUACUCAUGCUGCGAUUGAACGUACUGCUAGCAGUCUGGCCAUUUCUCCCACUCCUAUAGCAUCAACCCCAUUGGACUCCAUCUCUUUUCCGAGACAGAAUGCGACUUUGACUGCGACUGCGACCACUGAAUCUGCACAACCGGUCUCGAGUUCUCUCUCGCUUCGAUCGCCCACAACCUCGGCAGCCGACGCAACGGAUGAUGAGUCGCCUCUCGAGGAUGGAAAGUUCUUGUCUUUUGAAGACUGGAAGCGGGAGAACUUGAAAAAGGCUGGACAAUCGGAACAUGUGGGCAGGGGCCAUGGCAUCGAUCGAGAGACCAGGAAACGGCCUAGUAUUGUGCAGGAUUCACUUGAUGCUCUUGGAGACGAUGCAGAAAUCGACCUGGACUUUUCUGGCUUUGUGUCCGACGGUCUGGAAUCCGUUGUUCAAGGUCAACCGCGGGGUAGCCAGAAGAUCGAAGACAGCCCCAGCAGCAUCAAACCAGGCCAUGCACCUAGAGCCGGCAUAAGAAACAAGGACGCCGGGACAACGUGCAAGGAGCGAUUCAACUAUGCUUCUUUCGACUGUGCAGCCAGCGUUCUGAAAACGAAUCCUGAAGCAAAAAGCCCGUCGGCCGUACUUGGAAAGAACAAGGAUUCCUACAUGCUGAAUGAAUGUUCCGCGCAAAACAAAUUUCUGAUCCUGGAAUUGUGUGAUGACAUCUCGAUAGACACCAUCGUCCUGGCUAAUUUCGAGUUCUUCAGCUCGACCUUUCGCACCUUCCGGGUCAGUGUGUCGGAUAAAUACCCUGUCAAAGUCGACAAGUGGAAGACCUUGGGGACGUUUGAGGCUCGCAAUUCUCGCGAUGUUCAGGCCUUUCUGGUCGAGAAUCCUGUGAUCUGGGCACGGUAUCUGCGUAUUGAAUUCCUGACACACUACGGCAAUGAAUACUACUGUCCAGUGAGCCUGGUUCGGGUGCAUGGAACAACCAUGCUGGAAGAUUAUAAACAUGACUUGCAGUCGCUGCAGGUGGAAGAUGACGAGACCGAGUCUCAGGAAGGCGACCAAUCCUCUGCUAUGGAUGAGCUGAUACCCGAGGCAGUGGCCGAACCGCUGUUGAAGAAUACAGAGGCGGUCGAAUCUGAGAUCCAUGCUCAGACUGUCGAAGUGGCCGACCUAGCUCCAAGUGACCCACCCCCAACACCAUCUGGAUCUGCAAGUACUGCUCGUGCUCAAACAACUCUGACCGUUGUGAGUCCCAUGCCGACUUCUCCAGCGAACAUCUCGGCCAUAUUCAGUGGUCUGACUCUGCAUGAUGCGGCAUUUGGGGUGUGCAAACCCGGCGAUAAUACCACGGGUAUCAAACCUGAAGUGUCACCACCAGUAUCCAACAAACAUAGCCAAAGCGUGGAAUCGGUGGCAGGAGCAUCUAGCCCCUCGGUUACCAACACCACUGGCACCAUCGCAGUCACAACCCCAGAAUAUUCUGUGACCGAUCCGGCCACAUCUUCCAGCGACUCGCAAAGUCCAGGGCCAAAGCCUGAUGUCUCGGACAACUCGACCGUCACCAGAGACUCGUCAUCUACAGCAAACAGCAACAACACCAAAAUAGCUACCUCUACGAUGCAAUCUGUGCCUCCUGCUCCGACCAUGCAAGAGUCAUUCUUCAAAUCUGUGCAGAAGCGUCUGCAAAUGCUUGAAGCCAACUCGUCCCUUUCACUGCAGUACAUAGAAGAGCAAUCUCGUGCACUUCGAGACGCGUUCCACCGAGUCGAGCAAAGGCAGCUGGCCAAGACCAGCUCGUUCCUGGAAUAUCUCAACGGCACUGUGCUGAACGAACUUCGGGACUUCCGGCAGCAAUAUGACCAGCUCUGGCAAUCAACGGUGAUCGAACUUGAGUUGCAACGAGAACGAUACCAGCAGGAGAAUCUUGCCAUCAAUGCUCGGCUUGGGAUUCUCGCAGAUGAAGUCAUCUUUCAAAAACGCAUGUCUGUCCUGCAGAUGAUUUUGAUCCUGAUCUGCUUGGGACUCGUCAUUUUCUCUCGGGGGUCUCUGAAUAGUUAUUUAGAAUUGCCGCUGGUGCAGAGUGUUUUGGCGAGAUCUCCCAGCUCUCGAUGGUUGAACCUUCCCAACCUGGACACGCCCUCUAACAGUCCGGCGGUCAGCAGGUCUCAGUCUACCAGAAGCGCACGUAUACACCCCGGAAUUUUGAAAGGUCAUCAGCGCUCAGCCUCGGAUGAAUCGGCGGCGGAUACACUUAGCCCCUCUGACAUCUUCUCGCCUCCAACACCCGUCAGCCUCGGAAACACCUCCGACGAGGGUGAGUUUGGAGAAGUCGGCACCAGGCUCGGCGACCCUCAGUUCGACCCAAGCUUGAUCAAACGACCCGGGACCAGUCCGCCGAUUCUACCAGGGACAGAAAGCCCCUCGGGUUCAGAGACGAACGGCGACCAUGGAGCGGACAUGAUUGACUCGGUGCUGCUAAGCUCAUCACCCGGUCGGCCGGAGAGCAGAACUCCCAGGCUGAUUAUCCAUGACGCUAGUCCGCCUUCCAAACGCCUGACCUGGCAGCUUCCAGAAACUUGA